UGUACGUACUUAUCAAUCACUGAUAACAACCCAAAUUUGAAAUUACGACCUUCAUUUCAUCAUAGUCAUAAUUAGAAUUUGGUCUCAUGGUUAAGAUUUUAACUCUGCUAUUCAGAUAAUUAUUAAUUGAUCAGCUUCAAACUUUUGUUUUCCAGAUCAAUUUGAUCAAUAAUAGGCUGGUAGUAUAGCUCUGAAGCUUUCUACGCUGCGAUAUCGGCAGCAGGCUGACUGGAUGCCGGUAAUGAGUUGUUCAUGUAAAUGUUCGAAAAUUAUUAAUGACCGGAUUCGAUCUCCGAGUAUUUGUGUAUUCUCAAAUUGAUGGUGUCGGUGAUUGUGUUUCAAUAGUUCCGUCGUUAGAUUACUACUCAUUUCAUCUAAAAGUUGUCGUUGUUCAUCGUGUCCCAAUUUUUUAUACCUCGUUUUUACCUAAAAUCCGUAAAAUCUUGUGUGAUUCAGUUUUCAAGUUACAAUGAAAAACCAUACAUUGAGAAACCGAAAUAUUUAGUGCCUUAUUUGACUCUGAACCGAAGAAAAUUCUAAUUGAAAUCUUUUACGUUGGGCUUCGAGAAAGCAAAGCAAAGCAAAAAGCGAAACGAUUUUGUCGAUCCAGUCGUUGCCAUAAUUAUUCUUGUGGAGUUACACAGCUGCAACUUUCGAGUUUUCAAUUCUGCGGCUAAACCAUUUGAAUGCUUGUCGAGGUUCCUUGAUCGAAAAGUGUUACAACGUUCAACUGUAAAAAUGUUUUCAAUCUGCAAAGGUCACACACAUCUGUCGAAGCAGUUAUAUUAUUUCCACAAAGGUACCACCUUAAAGAUAUUUCCCAGUCUUCAAUGUCGUAAUUACUUCUCAGAAAAAUCGUAUCAUGCACAAGAAACCGGAACCGCUGUGCUUUCUACCUCACAAGAUCACGUUGAUUCUCCAAAGUUAGUUCAUUAUACUCGUAAUUCUACUGCGGAACAGAGAUUCCUUAGCUUGUCAAAUAACGCUAAUUUUUCCAAGGAAUUACGUCAUGUGCACACGAAAAGUAACAAAGAGAGAAUCGCCUAUUACAAAAGACACGCUGAUUUCUCCAAGCAGUUGAAUUCUUUAAAUAACGAGAACUUGGCCGGAGAAGUUGGUAAUUUGGUGGAAGAAUGGCUGUUACGUUUCGAUUCUUUGGGCAGAAUUGAGGCUAGUGGAAUUUCCGGAACGUUUAAUAGCUUAUUAAAAUUUAAUAUUUUUGGUACCGAAUGGAAUACUGAAAAUCGAGAAAAUUUCAAGAAGUUGAUCAUUAAAUUGGCUGAGAAAGGAGAUCAAUUAUUAGAUCCAAGUAGCAAAGCUCCUUCUAAAUUUAGCUCUUGGCAGGUUGCAAAUAUUUUGAAGGCGUUAUCCAAAUGGGAUGUGUUGAAUAACAAUGUAUGGGAUGGUUGUGUUCAAAUUAGUAAUCGGAAAAUAGCCGAGGUUGAUUUAUUCAAAUCUAUAAUUGGUCAUUUGAUACGUCGAGGAACUUGGAUACUGGAGAAUGAACAAGCUGAUCAAUUUGAUUCUCAGGCUAUCACUAAUUGUAUAAGCGCUCUAUCAAAAUUUAAUAUUAACGAGUUCGAAGGAUGCAAGGAAUUCAUCAGUUGCUUAGUAAAACGAGGAGUCAAAGUUAUUGAUCAGUUCAAUCCUUUAGCUGUUACAAAAAUCUUGAGUGCUUUGUCCAGCUUGAAUAUAAGCAAUUUCGAAGGUGCCGGAGAAUUCAUCGUACUGUUGUUUGAACGAGGAAGUUCAACCGAUGAAAAACUCACUCCUCUGAGUAUUGCCAUAACCUUGAACGCAAUGUCUAAAUGGAACGACGAAGAAUUACAUGGAGACAAGAAGUUCAUAAAUUACUUAAUCAAACAAGGAACUUUGGUUGCGAAUAAAUUCAAUUCCAAGGAGAUCGCGCUAAGUUUGAACGCGCUGUCCAAGUGGAACAUCGACGAGAUGCAAGAAGCCAGAGGUUUUAUUGUUUCGUUAAUCAAACAUGGAAACUCGAUCAUCGAUACAUUCACUUACCAAAGUAUCAGUAACAGUUUAAAUGCGUUUUGCAAAUGGAAUAUUGAUGAAUUACCGGGUUCCAAAGAUUUCAUCGUCCGUUUAAUAAAACGAGGAAGCUCAACAGCCAGUAGUUUCAGUCCUCAAGCGAUCGUCAAUAGUUUGAACGCGUUGUCGAAAUGGAAUAUUCACGAGUUAGAAGGAAGUAAAAAUUUCAUCGUUGAAUUGGCCAAAUGUGGAAUUCUAACAGUUGAUACAUUCGACUCGUUGAGUAUUUCCAGCGCCUUAAACGCUCUUUCCAAAUGGGAGGUUGGCGAAGUAGAAAAACCCCGUGAAUUUAUUGGCGAAGUAGAAAAAACCCGUGAAUUUAUUAAUCGAUUAAUAAUACGCGGUUGUAGGUUAAUCAGAACAUUUGAUUCGCAGGGUAUUGCUAACAGCUUGAACGCUCUCAGUAAAUGGGAUAUCGAUAAAUUCCAUGGGGCUGAUGAGUUCAUGUUCAAGCUACUAAAACACGGAAACUCCUCAGUUCACAGUUUCAGUGCUCAAGGGACUGCAAAUAUCUUGAAUGCCCUGUCCAAAUGGGAAAUCUACGAGCUCGAAGAAACUGAAGAAUUCAUCGUUCGUUUAAUUACACAGGGGCGUUCAACGAUCACCAGAUUCGAUUGCCAGAAUGUUAGUAAUUGCUUAAAUGCUCUUUCUAAGUGGAACGUCAAUGACUUUGAAGGAGCUAAGGAAUUUAUUGUGGAACUGGUCAAACAAGGGAAUUCAAUUUCUGGUGAAUUCGAUUCGCAAGAGGUUGUUAAUUGCUUGAACGCUUUAUCCAAGUGGAAUAUUGUUGGAAUACGAGCAGUUCAAGAUUUUAUCGCAAAUUUAAUCACUCGUGGAAUUGCUAUUGUAGAUGCAUUUAGUCCUCAAGAAAUUUCCAGCGGUUUGAACUCUGUAUGUAAAUUGAACAUUUUUGACGACAAGAAAUGGAACGAUAACCAGUUGAAAAACUUCAAACGUUUCAUUAUCAAACUUGCAGAAAAAGGCACUGAAAUAUGCAGCGAGUUCGAUUCACAAAGCGUCGCUGAAAUAUUCUAUGCGUUUUCAGAACUGAAAAUUCUGAGUAAAGAAAAAUGGACGCCAGAUGAACAAAAUGGGUUGAAGAAUUUCCUAAUCAGUCUUUCUAGUUUAGAUGUUUCGUGUAAAAGUUACACUCUCCAGGAGAUUGCAAGAAUAUAUAAAACGAUAUCUGAAAUGAAUAUUCUUCAAAAUGAUGAAUUCGACUUGAAACAAGUUGAUAAGUUUGAAGUUUUCCUCAAUAAUCUUGAAAAUAAACUUCUCGCACUUGGAAAUGAACAGAAUUUGGGGAAACCUGACAUUAAUAUCCAAUUUGCCGUUCAAAUUAUCAAAGUUUUGCCCAAGAUCAAGUCUAAAAAUCUUAUUCUGUCUGAAAAUCAGUUUUUGGUUUCGUUGAUGUGUUGUUUGAGUAGUAAUGUGGAGAAAUGCGAAUCUUAUGAGUUGAGGAAAGAUUUGGUUCAAAGAAGUAUUUUGACUGGGUUGCAUGAUCUUCUAAAAAUUACCGAUGAAUUGGAAGACAGACGCAGUUUAAUAGGAGCAUUUGAUGAGAGUUUGUCCAAAAUAUACAAUAAGCUGGUUGGAAUUGAUUUGAAUCAUAUUGAUGAAAUAGUAGAUGUGGUUUAUAAAUUUGAUAAAUUACAAGUAAUUCGAGAUAUGCAGUUUUUAUCUAGGUAAAUAAGUAUAAGCAUUUUUAAGCUGUGAUAUCUAAUUUUAGGUUUGGAAAUUUCUUUUGGUAAAACGAGUUACUUUUUGAUUUUAGAGGAAAUUCUGUAUAAAAUUGAAAUAUUAAACACAUUUAAAUGUACAAAAGUUACGGUUUUUUCGUGUUUUGUUCAAAUUAUUUUUAAUUAGGUACCUGUUUUAUUUUCAUAGUGUACUUGUAAGUAUGUAAAUUUCAAAACCUCCUAUUUUGUCAUAUCAUUCAAGUGUUCGUUGAAUUGUGUUUUUUUGUUCCGGUUGUAAUUUUCAAUAAAUCGAUUGAAAUUAAUGCACACCAUUCGUUU